AUGAACUAUCAACGCAUGGCAAUUGAGAAGGAGGCGCCAGAGGAGGUUGGCUCGGAGAUUCGGUACAAUCUCUCGGAAAGUGCCAUAUCAGAUCAGACAUUAGACUCCUUGGGCAUCAAUAUUCCUUCUUCGACAAUUUUUACUUACACGGAACACAAAGGAAGCCACAAGAUUCGUUCGCUUAUUGCUAAUGCCGCCAAGGGUGGCCUCACUGACGACGACAUACUGGUUACCGCAGGCGCCUCGAUGUUGCUCUUUAUUAUUCAUUCCGCCAUGCUUAAUCCCAAAGACCACAUCACUGUCGCUCGGCCAAACUACGCAGCGAACCUGGAAAUCCCGCGAUCAAUUGGAUGCGAGAUAACCUUUAUAGACCUCGAUUUCGAGUCUCAGUAUCAGCUGGACAUCAACCGUGUCGCAGCUGCGAUUCGUCCUGGCGCUACCAAAUUGAUUAGCGUCUGCUCUCCGAAUAAUCCUACGGGCACAGUUUUAUCAAGUUCGGAAAUUCAGUCGCUCGCAUCGUUGGCGCGGGCGAACGAGUGCUAUCUUCUCGUCGACGAAACCUACGCGGAUCUCAACUACGCAUUCACCUCUACAGAUAGCGGAUUCGUCAUUGGUUCGGCUGCAAAGCUCGGCGACCAUGUUAUCAGCGUUUGCUCCAUGUCAAAGACCUAUGGUGUUCCCGGCAUCCGGAUUGGCUGGCUUGUCACAACUAACAAAGUUCUACAGGAAACUUUUCUUGCAGCAAAAGAACUUAUUAGUAUUAGUGGUAGUGUCGUGGACGAACUCAUUGCGGAACAAAUUUUAUCACGACGCACUGAGCUUUUAUCCAAGACAAUUGCCGACAUGACUAGCCGAAGAGAGCACGUCGCAAGCUGGGUGGAUCAAGAAUCUGAAUUUGUAGACUGGGUAGAGCCAGAAGCGGGAGUUAUGUGUUUCAUCAAAGUCAAGAAGGAGCCCGUGGGAGGGCUUGCGGCAUUCUAUCAGAGAUUGCUCGAGGACCAUGGAGUAUAUGUUGGACGUGGAACUUGGUUCGAGCAAGAUGAUAAUUUUUUUCGCUUAGGUUAUGGAUGGCCGACAUGGGAGGAAUUGGAUACAGGUUUGAAGGCUAUAUCUAAGGCUCUUCGUGGUUAG